UACACUUUAUUUAAAAUAUAAGAAAUUAUUUCUGUUCAUUAUUCAAAUUACUUAAUUUCAGUUGCAUAAUUAUUUUCUUUUUAAUAGUUGUUUAGCUAAGAUCAAACAAAUUAAAUUAUUCCCGUUAAAUGCAAGCCAGUGUGAACAUCCAAAAAACAGCGCAAAGAGAAACCAAAACAAAACAAAUUUCAGAGCAAAAAAAAAAAUGGAUUCGGAUGCUGCGACUUCUCCUAUACUCCUUUCAAGGGAUCAGCUUAUCCAAAUACUAAGUGAAACGCCGCAGGGAUUCAUAAAGCCCACGGAUCCGCCACCGCUGAUUAUUCCGCCCUUCAAGAAACUCGGCGUUCUGGUGGAAUUUGAUGACGUCUUGGAUGCCAAAGAUGCGCCGGCGAAAGGAAACGGAAACAGGACCAAGGAGCAGUCCUACAGCUGCGCUGAAUGCCGAAGGGUGCUGCCCACGGCCCACUUACUGGACUUGCACAUCACCGAAACCCAUGAUUUCUACUUCGCCGCCAGCGUGGAUCGGGGCGACAAGCCCAUGUACGCCUGCUUCCUGGAGGAGUGCUCCACCAAGUUCCAUACUUCUCGACACCGCAAGGAUCACUGCAUUACAGUCCACAAGUUUCCGGCCAACUAUCGCUUCGAUCAGGGCAAGGACAAGGCCAAAGAGAAGCGGCAGACCAAGAGCAAACACAAUUCCAUGGAGGUGGACGAGGCGGCGGUGCCCGUAGCCGAAUCUAAAGCUUUUCCCUUCAUCAAGGCCUUUAGCUUUGGCCACCAAACACAUCGCACCUUUUACACAAAAGCCAAGGAGCAGAAGUGCGGGGAAACCCUCGAGGAUGUUCAGUCCAUGAAGGAUGCCAUUAACGAUAUCCUCGACUAGA